ACUCUCGACACUAACCUCCAGGACCACCAACACCGCCAAAAUGGGACCCAAGCCAGCAUCCAAGACCGCCACCAAGACCGGAAAGCAGGCCAAUGCCGCUGCCAAAGCGGCCCUUAAGGGCUCGUAUGCGAACAAGAAGCGCGCCAUCAGGAAGAGCACCAGCUUCCACCGCCCCAAGACCCUCGAGCUGUCCCGCGCCCCCAAGUACCCUCGCAAGUCGGUCCCCCAUGCUCCUCGCAUGGAUGCUGAGAAGGUUCUGAUCCACCCUCUCAACACCGAGUCCGCCAUGAAGAAGAUCGAGGAGAACAACACCCUCGUCUUCAUCUGCAACGUCAAGGCCAACAAGCGCCAAAUCGCCGCCGCCCUCAAGAAGCAGUACGACGUCAGCUGUGUCAAGAUCAACACCCUGAUCCGCCCCGACGGCUCAAAGAAGGCUUUCUGCCGCCUCACCGCCGACGUCGACGCUCUCGACAUUGCGGCUACCAAGCUCGCCAUUGUUUAAAUGAGGCGGUGUUUGUACGAAGAGAGGGCAUGGAUGACCAUGAUAGGGUCCUGGUUAUACCCGGUAAAGGAAAAAAGCGAUGUGAUAUGCAUGGCGGGCGUUCAUGGGAUAAACGUAGUCAAAGGUUGACUUCGAAUGAAACAAAUUUCCACAUGGCGCCAAUACUCAACUUGGUCCUGAAACAAA